GUUUGUUUAUAACCUCAAAACUUUGUGAUAAGGUAAUAAUAUCUGCGAUUAUCGUCUGCAAAAAUCUAGUUUUACUUAGUUUUCUAAAUUGUACGGUGGCCGGCAAGUGAAUCAAUAAAAAAUUACAUAAUUUCCAAGUCCAAACUGCAUCAAUGCUUGCUCACAGCUUGUAUUGAUACUUUAAAUUUUAUCGGUCAUCACCAUGGCCUCAGGGAACGAAGAUGAGAGUAGUCAGAAGAAAACAGAAAAAUCAGCAUCCAAGGCUGAAAAUGAGAAUCCAGCAGUAACUAAAUCAGACUCAGAAAAAUCUAGUGAAAGUGCAGCUGCUAAAGGCUCCUCUGGGAUUGAAUCAUCAAUGACUGCCUCUCAAGAAGAAAAAGACAGUGUAGAAAAAAAGUCCUCCGGUUGCAACACUUCAGAAGAUGCAAAGACUGAAGAGCGGGACGGUAACUGCUACUGUGGCAAGGAGCGAAAUUUAAACAUUAUCGAGCUGUUGUGUGUCCAUUGUAACAGAUGGUACCAUGAAUCUUGUAUUGGAUAUCAGCUAGGAAAAAUUGUUCCUUUUAUGAUGAAUUACACGUUUGUGUGCAAAAACUGUUCUCCUACAGGGCUUGAAAGCUUCAGAAAAACACAAGCUUUGUUUCCACAAAUGUGUGUCACCGCUAUAGCAAAUAUGAUGCAAGCUAGUGUUAAAGAAGGAAACCCUCGGGUAAAAUUCUCAAAAGACCGAGAUAUUAUACCUUUCAUCGAAGCUCAUUGGGAAGGCAUGACCACCAUUGCUCGUCGAGUUACACAGUCUUGGCAUUCAACGAUUUUGAAAUGUCUUAUGAAAGAAACAAAGCUACUUUUUAACGCUGAAGAGGACUCAUCAGAGGACGGCCCUCUGUACAGUCUAGUUGUGCCAGAUUUAACCCAAAUCAGACCCAGCUAUGAUGAAAUCAAAACGAAAGGCGGAGGUGUCACCCCAGGUGGAGGUGGCAUGAAAGGCAGAGGUGGCAAACGGAAACUAGCAGACACUGGACAGGGUGGGGGGAAAAAAGGUAGACUCGCUGGAGACGUCAAUGCUCCCAAAUUACCUGCUCACGGUUACCCUCUGGAACACCCGUACAAUAAAGAUGGCUACAGAUAUAUUCUUGCAGAGCCAGAUCCUCACGCACCGUUUCGUCAAGAGUUCGAUGAAUCAAGCGAAUCAGCUGGGAAGCCAAUUCCUGGUUGGCUGUACCGUACUUUAGCUCCAAAUAAAGUAUUCUUGGCAUUGCACGAUCGUGCACCACAAUUACGAGUGGCUGACAACCGAUUAAAGGUCACUGGUGAAAAAGGAUACUGUAUGAUUAGAGCAACUCAUUGUGUGAACAGAGGCGUAUGGUAUUAUGAAGCGACCAUCCAAGAAAUGCCAGAAGGUUCGGCUACCAGGAUUGGAUGGGGACAAGAAUAUGCCAAUCUACAAGCUCCGCUAGGUUACGAUAAAUUUGGUUACUCGUGGCGAUCAAGGAAAGGCACCAGGUUUCAUGAAGGACGCGGAAAACAUUAUAGUCCAGGAUAUGGAGUGAACGAUGUACUAGGUUUUCUAAUUAUACUUCCAGAAGAAGAAAGCACGAGUUAUUUGCCUCCCACCUAUAAAGACAGGCCUCUUGUAAAGUUCCGAAGUCAUCUGUACUAUGAAGAGAAAGACCAAGUAGCCGAAACUUUAAAACAACUACAUCCCCUGCAAGGCAGCAAAAUUGUGUUCUUUAAAAAUGGACAGUGUCAAGGGGAUGCAUUUUUAGAUAUUUAUGCAGGAGCGUACUAUCCAGCCGUAUCACUGUACAAGUCAUGCUCAGUCGUAGUAAAUUUUGGUCCUGAUUUUGAACAUCCUCCUCCCAAAGAACAGUACAGCUAUCGAGGGAUGCAUGAAAAAUCAGAAGAAUCGAUUUGUGAACAAGUUCUAAGUGAUCUAAUGUACUUGGUUCAGAAUGAAGGAAAGUUAAGACUGGAUAGCUUUUAAAAAUUUAAAUCAGUUGCCUCCAUGAUAUGGUUAAAAUGACAUCUUAAUCACUGUUUACCUAAUUUACGACAGAAUUCAGUCCAGCUGUUCAUGUUAACUUUUCUACUUUAUGAGUUGGAUAGUCUCUGUGUUCAUGCUAAGGACACAACAACAAAAAAGUCAUCUAUAUGCUUUAAAUCACUGAAAAAGUAUUUUGGGAGUGUUGUUUUCAUUUUUUACAAUUACUCCCAUUUCAUGUAUCAUGAAGAAAUUUUCAAAUAAUCAAGUUGUAUAUUCCCUCCCAGGUUUCUCAUUGCACUGAACGUUUGAUAAAACCUACUUCAAUCUUAGUCAAGUGUUAACAUGAUUGCAUAUUUUAGAGUUUGUGAUAUUUUUCUUUACCAAUCAUGAGUAAGAAACUGAAAGCAAGCGGCUCAUGCAACAAAAAAAGUCAGUAAUUUUGAAUUUUAAUUAUAUGAGUAAUUUUUUUCAGAUUCUGUUGUUCUCUGACAUAAGGAGGGGGAUGCUAGUAUCCUUGUUUUAUUUUAGGCCCCUAGGAACGAGCUUGAUGAGUUUGGAAGUCAUUUUUUUUCGUUAGAAUUUGAAUUUCACAGUGACUAAACGUAAAUUAAUAAAAUUGAAUCCUUGGUAAGCCAGAGCAAAGUUGAAGGGAGCAAACAUCAAAUAUAAGGUUUGAGUGCAUCAAUAUGCGUAUUCAAUGAAAAAAACCUGGUGCAUUCUGCAAAAUGAAAGAGGGGGGGGGGGUAAGAAAAAAACAAAAAUUAAAUUUUCACUUUUGGUCUCAAAUUAUACUUGUAACCUUGAUUUUGUACAAAUGGAAACAGUGCCCCCAUGUCCAGUGAGCCUCACUCGCUCCCUUGUAAUUUUGAAUGUAAAUGUAAGAUUUUUUCUUUUUUUUAAGAAUGAUAAAUUUUUUCUUUUUUAUAAAA